AUGAUGACAACGUUUGUUGGCGACUACAGUAGUCUUAGGUCUACUUCGAUUCAACAAGCAAGAGACAACAACCUCGUGGAUAUGGCAAAGACAGAAUCUCCCCAGGUUCUUUUCAACAUGGCUAUGAGCUUCUGCUCCAACCUGAGCUCUCUCCAGCAACACCUCAGUCCUGUCGGCCUCCCGCCGCUGCAGUUUUCCCCCGAGCUGCUGGGGCUCUGCAGCGACGACUGCUCCGCCUUCUCCGACUCCUGCAUCGACCCGUUGCUCGAAUACUGCUCCGGCGACUGCUCGUACCCUGAGUACCUCGUCCCUUACUUCUCCUCUACACCCGACCAGCUCGUCUCCAUCUCGCCCGACAUCUUCCCUUUCGACGAGCUCGAGUGCUGCCCGUACCCGAAACGCCAGAAGCAGGAACCCCUCGAGUACCCCGACUUGACUACCGGAUUCCUUGAUGGGUAUGUCGCGAGUGAGCUGCCACUGGUGGAGCUCUCGCCGCCGCAGCUCAUGCUGCCUGCUCCGCAGGAGCAGCAUUUCUGGCAGGAGCGGUGCAGCUCCUGCAGGGGCGGAGAGAUCAGCGCAAAGAAACCGAGCACGGGUGGGGCGAGCUUGUCCACGCAGAGCUUAGCGGCGCGGCAGAGGAGGAGGAAAAUAACCGAGAAGACCCUCGAGCUCGGGAAGCUUGUCCCGGGAGGCCGAAAGAUGAAUACAGCCGAAAUGCUGCAAGCGGCGUACAAGUAUGUGAAAUACUUGCAGGCUCAAGUUGGAAUUCUUGAGCUCAAUGAGUCAAUUCAGAAAAACGAGGAAACGCGGCAUGGCAAGCGAGAGCUUCAAGUUCUGCUCGAAUCGCCAAAAAUACAAGAGAAGCUGUACGCUGAAGAGAAGUGCUUGGCGCCGAGAGAGCUGGUCCGAGCGGUCUCGAGAGACCCCGAAGUGCAGUCCGCGGACUCAAUCGGCAAAGAGAUGGUUCAGCUCAUGUGUACCUCCGGCUGGUACAUUGACGAGCAGAACUAAUCCAGAGAA